AUGAAUAACGCCGGGGGCCAGCCGCAGCAGGGCCAAGCUGGUCAGGCCGGCCAGGCUCCGCGUCAGACGCCCAUGUAUCAACCAGCCCAGAUCAGAAACCUACCGUUGCUCAGCGAGGAGGAAAAGGUCAAAUACGAGCACGGCGUGACCGGCCUCUGGACACGCAUGAACAACUCACCGCCCAACAGCCAGGAACACUUGGCGGCUCGCAACAAGAUUAUCGAGUUCUCCCGCAUGCUCAUAAACAAGAUCCAGGCGCGUCGAACGCAGGCCCAGCAGCAACAAGGACAACAGGCCCAGCUGCAGCGCUCCCAAGGACAGACCCCUCAGCAGCAACAAGCUGCGGCGCAACAAGCCACGACACAACAAAAGGCCGCGCAACAGCCGGCUGCUGCUGCAGGAAAUCCUGCGGGUCCUGCAAAUGGAGGCGCUGCGCCUGCUCAGAACGCGACUGCUGACAAGCCUUCGGUCACAGCGGCGCUCACGCAGCCGAAAGUUCCGGAACGCCUGAUGGCUGUCGUUAAUAGAAUGACGUUCAAGGCGCCUCAUUCUCUUGCGGAGAAAUCGGCAGCCGACGCGUCAAAGUGGAUCGAGGAUCUGAAAGCGCGCUAUGGGCGGGCGUUGAUGACUAUGGAGAACACCAAGAACAAGGUCGCCAGCAUGGACAAGGUCUUUCACGAGCGCGCCCAGGCCGGCAACCCGCUCAAGGACGAAGAGCUGCGCCAGUACCGCGAACAUAGGGAGAAGCAACUUGAGCUUCAUAGCAACGGUCAGAAGUGGAUUGAAACCGUGAGGAGGCAGCAGGAAAGCAUCCAAGGAGGCGCGAAUGCAGGCGCUGCUCAGAACAAGGCCAACGGCACCGCAACACCCACGCAACAAAACCAAAAUGUCACAACAUCCGUAAAUGCCGCCGUCGAAGCCGCCAAGAAUCACCAGCAGAUGGCUGGCCAGCAGCAAACACCAGCGAACAAUAUCCCGACGCCGCAGCAACAGCAGGCGCGGCUGGCCCAGAACGCGGCGGCUCAGGGUGGUGCAGCGGUUAAACAAGAACCACAGCAACCCGCUCCCGUCAACACCGCCCUCGCCAACGCACAAGCCCAAACACCGGCCCAGGGAGCCGUACGGGUGGGCACACCGCAGAGCGCGAACGUGCAGGCACCAGGUGGACCGACUAGAGCCUUGAGUCACUCUGCUGCCAUGUCACUCGCAAACCAGCGUGCAGCUGCCCAACCCGCAAACGCCGGCGUCGUAGCCCAACAACAUCAACAGCAGCAGCAGAAACAGGUUUCUCAGCAGCAACAAACGCAGCAACAGCAGGCACAGCAACAGCCGCCGCCGCAGCAGCAACAGGCAGCAGGCACACCGACGGCUGGCACACCCGGUACCGCCAACAACGGCGGCGUCAACACGGCCGUGCAACCUCCACCACCACAGCAGCAGCAGGGCCACCCGCACGCGCACCCAUCCCAGCAGCCGGCUACGUCUCUCCAGACCAAGAUGCCGAUCCAGAAGCAGCUGCCCGAGCGCGCCACAGCGGUCCCGCAGGGCGUGACGCUGGGCGGCGGCGUCGCUCCAGGCCGGCCGACGCUUUCCCAGGGCGGCGGAACGCUGGGUGGCGUCAUGAACCAGCCGGCGAUGGCCAAGGUGCCUGCCUACAGCCACGACGCCGAGGGAGAUCACGUCCUAAGCAAGAAGAAACUGGACGAGCUGGUGCGGCAGGUCUGCGGCGCGCCGGGCGAGGGCUCCGACCAGAACCUCCUCACGCCCGAGGUAGAAGAGAGCGUCCUGAACAUGGCCGACAGCUUUGUUGACAAUGUUUUGCACUCGGCGUGCCGUAACGCCAAGGAGCGCGGCUCCAAGGUUCUCGAGAUUCGCGACAUUCAGCUCGUCCUGGAGCGCACAUACAACAUUCGUGUGCCUGGCUACUCGUCGGAUGAGCUACGCACGGUGCGCAAGGUGCAACCCGCCGCCGGCUGGAUUGCCAAGAUGAGCGCCGUCCAGGCUGCCAAGGUCAUGCCCGGCAAGGGCGAGUAA